UGGGACACCCCUCCAAAUCAUUGGAUUCAGGUGUUCCAAUCACCUCCAUGGCCACAGGUGUAUAAAAUCAAGCACCUAGGCAUGCAGACUGCUUCUACAAACAUUUGUGAAAGAAUGGGUCCCUUUCAGGAGCUCAGUGAAUUCAAGUGUGGUACCAUCAUAGGUUGUUGCCUGUGCAAUAAGUUGAUCUGUGACAUUUCCUUGCUACUAAAUAUUCCACGGUCAACUGUUGGUGGUAUUAUAACAAAGUGGAAGCAACUGGGAACAACAGCAACUCAGCCACCAAGUGGUAGGCCACGUAAAAUGACAGAGCGGGGGUCAGUGCAUGCUGAACCGCACAGUGCUUAGAAGUCGCCAACUGUCUGCAGAGUCAAUAGCUAAAAACCUCCAAACUUCAUGUGACCUUCAGAUUAGCACAACAACAGUGCAUAGAGAGCUUCAUGGAAUGGGUUUCCAUAGCCGAGCAACUGCAUCCAAGCCUUACAUCACCAAGUGCAAUGCAAAGCGUCGGAUACAGUGGUGUAAAGCACGCCACCACUGG